GCCAUCCGCCAUAAAACAAAAUAUUGUAGUUUUUGUUGUUCAAAACCAUGGGGGAGAGUGCAAUUUUUAUUUUUAUAAGACCACUGGGUGGCACUAAGACACUGUUUGAGUUUGAAGACAGACCGAGGCAUUCAUUCAUUCAUCUUCUAAACCCGUUUUGUCCCGUUCGGGGGCACGGUACUUGUGGGCGAAGGCAGGGGACAUCCUGGAAAGCUGGCCAGUCUGUCGCAGGUGCCAGACCGAGACAGUUCUUUCUAUUCCCCUUUGUGCACGACCAAAAAAAAAAUCAAAGUGAGACCUCCUGUUUAUCAUUCCAGUUCUUUGUGAAACUUUUUAUUGGUCGAUCCCUCCGUGAAAAUUUGAACCUCUCGUUCCGUGUAGGCCACGCAUUCUUUUCUCCAAGUUAUGCGGAGGGCGGGGCGCCGGGGUCCCCUCGCUUCACCUGUCGGGUGCGCUCUACUGCAGCCUCCUUCGUGUCUUACCCCCUCCAAUUGGAAGUGCCAAUAUGGCGGCGCCGGUGACAGACCACGAGAGGCGGAAGCAGAUCAGCGUGCGCGGGAUCGCGGGGCUCGCGGACGUGACGGAGAUCAAACGGACUUUUAAUCGACACCUGCACUUCACGCUCGUGAAGGACCGGAAUGUGGCCACGCCCCGCGACUACUACUUUGCCCUGGCCCACACGGUCCGGGACCACGUGGUGGGCCGAUGGAUACGAACCCAGCAGAACUACUACGAAAAGGACCCGAAGAGGGUCUACUACUUGUCCCUGGAGUUUUACAUGGGGCGAGCUCUGCAGAACACUAUGAUCAAUCUGGGCCUGCAGAACGCCUGCGAUGAAGCCAUUUACCAGCUGGGUUUGGACCUUGAAGAGUUGGAAGAGAUUGAAGAGGAUGCUGGUCUGGGAAAUGGUGGACUUGGCCGCCUGGCAGCUUGUUUCCUGGACUCCAUGGCGACUCUCGGUUUGGCUGCGUACGGAUACGGGAUUCGCUACGAGUUUGGGAUCUUCAAUCAGAAAAUCUGCAAUGGAUGGCAGGUAGAAGAGGCAGAUGAUUGGCUGCGAUAUGGAAACCCCUGGGAGAAGGCGAGGCCCGAGUACAUGCUGCCGGUUCACUUCUAUGGUCGAGUGCAGGCGACGGAGAGCGGGAUGCAGUGGACUGACACGCAGGUGGUACUAGCGAUGCCCUACGACACUCCAGUCCCUGGUUACCAUAACAACACGGUCAACACCAUGAGGCUCUGGUCGGCUAAAGCGCCUGACGACUUUAACCUGCAGAACUUUAACGUUGGAGAUUACAUUCAAGCCGUUCUGGACCGGAACCUGGCUGAGAACAUCUCCAGGGUUCUGUAUCCUAACGACAACUUUUUUGAGGGGAAAGAGCUUCGCCUGAAGCAGGAGUAUUUUGUGGUGGCCGCCACGCUGCAGGACAUCAUCCGCAGGUUCAAGUCUUCGAAGUUUGGCUCCAGAGAGCCGGUCCGCACGUCCUUCGAAACAUUUCCUGACAAGGUGGCUAUCCAGCUGAACGACACCCACCCAGCUCUGGCGAUCCCUGAGUUGAUGCGGGUCCUGGUGGACCUGGAGAAGCUGGACUGGGACAAGGCGUGGGACAUCACCUGUCGUACCUGCGCGUACACCAACCACACGGUGCUGCCAGAGGCGCUUGAGCGUUGGCCUGUUUACAUGUUCGAGCAGCUGCUGCCCCGACAUCUGCAGAUCAUCUAUGAAAUCAACCAGAGGCACCUGGAUAGGACAGCCGCGCUGUUUCCAGGCGACGUAGACCGUCUGCGGCGGAUGUCUCUCAUUGAGGAGGGGGACCCGAAAAGGAUCAACAUGGCUCAUCUGUGCGUAGUCGGAUCCCACGCCGUCAACGGAGUGGCGCAGAUCCACUCAGACAUCGUCAAGAAUACAGUGUUUAAAGACUUUUACCAGGUGGAUCCAGACAAGUUCCAGAAUAAAACCAACGGCAUAACUCCUCGCCGCUGGCUAUUGCUGUGUAAUCCCGGCCUGGCUGACAUCAUCGCUGAGAGGAUAGGAGAAGACUUCCUGACAGACCUAUAUCAGCUGAAGAACAUCCUACAGUUUGUGGACGAUGAAGCCUUCAUCAGGGAUGUGGCCAAAGUCAAACAGGAAAACAAGCUGAAGUUUGCUGCAUUCCUGCAGAAGCACUGUCAGGUGAAGGUGAACCCAGAGUCCAUCUUUGAUGUCCAGGUAAAGAGGAUCCAUGAGUACAAGAGGCAGCUGCUCAACUGUCUGCACGCCAUCACGCUCUACAACAGAAUCAAACUGCGGCCAGAGAGAGCGUUUGUUCCCCGGACUGUUAUGAUUGGAGGAAAGGCAGCACCUGGGUACCACAUGGCCAAGAUGAUCAUUAAGCUGAUCACCUCAGUGGGUGAGGUGGUCAAUAAUGACCCGGCAGUGGGAGACAAGCUGAAAGUGAUCUUCUUGGAGAACUACAGAGUGUCUUUGGCAGAGCAAGUGAUCCCGGCAGCGGACCUGUCUGAGCAGAUCUCAACUGCAGGAACAGAAGCGUCUGGAACAGGAAACAUGAAGUUCAUGCUGAACGGCGCUCUGACCAUCGGCACUAUGGACGGUGCCACUGUGGAGAUGGCUGAAGAAGCGGGUGAAGAAAAUCUCUUCAUCUUUGGCUUGAAGGUGGCGGAAGUGGAUGAACUGGACCGGAAAGGCUAUAAUGCUAAGGAGUACUAUGAUUCUCUGCCUGAACUGAAACUGGCUGUGGACCAGAUCCAGAGGGGUUACUUCAGUCCCUCAGAACCAGAACUUUUCAGAGAGGUCACUGAGAUGUUGAUGAAGCACGACAGGUUUAAGGUUUUUGCAGAUUACGAAGCUUACGUAAAACGUCAAGAACAAGUCAGCGAGCUGUACGAGAACCCCAGAGAAUGGACCAAAGUAGUGAUUCGGAACAUCGCAGCUGCAGGGAAGUUCUCCAGCGACAGAACUAUCUCCCAGUACGCCCGCGAGAUCUGGGGCGUUGAACCAUCUAACAUAAAAUUACCGUCCCCCAAUGAGCCGUUAAUGAAGUCCCAAAGCUGAAGAUCACAAUUGUUCCGUCUGUCAUACGUGGAAACAUUACUUCACCCUUUUUUAAGUUUGCCAGUUACAGCAAAGGGGUUCUGCUGAACAGCCUGCAUUCAGGAGAAAAGAGAAUCUGGUGAAAACUGCUCCCAUUCUGCUGGAAACGUCUGGGGCUUCACUCUUCUCCUGUUUCAUCGGUUUCUUGAAAGCAGCUGGACUGAGGAGGUUUGGUUCGGAAAAGUUGAAGCUUCAACUUGACUUCAGUCGCAAACAUCGCAGUGACUAAAAUGGUUAUUUAUUCUCUAGAAAUAAAUGCUCAGUUUAUCUCUAAGUCCCCUACAUCUGCUGCUGUUUUAUCCUAAAGGAAAUAAAUAUCAUUGUUCCUGAGGGCAAA